AUAGGUAGAGAACAGAUAAUAAUGCGUGACUAUCAUAACAAUGACAAUGAUGAGCCUCAGGAACAAUACAUCCCUCAUCCAUACGGUGUGAAGCCAAAGGGCAACUACUACUUUGACUCAUUCAAUGCUGACUUUGUACCAUAUCCACUGCGUCUGCGAUACAUGUACUCGGACUAUCUGUUCCACAUAUGGCGUUGCUCAUCGGUCGACUUGCGAACGUGGGAGCGCACGGCCACCGGCGGACCCGACACCAUUGACCGUCGCGCCAACAUGACACAUGAGCAGUUCACAAAAGAGUACCUCAUCCCCAACAAGCCAGUCAUUCUAACAGAUGCCAUGGCAGACUGGGGAGCCAAACAUUGGACACGUGACUCACUACAGCAGCGCACCGGCGACACAAAGUUCUACAUCAACUCUGGCGUGUAUAUGACGAUGCGCGAGUACCUUGACUACGCGGCGGCGUCCAAAGAGGAGAACCCAAUGUACUUGUUCGAUCAUUAUUAUGGCGAGAACAUGCCAUCAUUGCUUGACGAUUACUCCACCGAUCGAUACUUCAAGGAGGACUUGUUCGCAGUGCUGGGCAAGUCGCGACCAUCAUACAGGUGGCUGCUGGCAGGCCCCGCACGCUCUGGAGCCACCUUCCACAAGGACCCCAAUCAUACAUCGGCGUGGAAUGCCGUGGUCACUGGUCGCAAGAAGUGGGUCAUGUACCCGCCACACAUCACUCCGCCAGGCGUACAUCCGAGCGACGACGGUCUGGAAGUCACGACGCCACACUCAAUCGUCGAAUGGUUCAUCAACUAUUAUGAGCGACCAGAUAACAAUAAGGAUGAGGAGGAGCGUCGAAGCGCCGCGCCCAAGUCACAGCGUCAAACGAUGAAGAAGAAGAGGACCAUGGCACAACUGUCCAUCUCAAGCUCGGACUCUGAGCCGGCACAGGGAUACCCCCUGGAAUGUGUGCUGGAGGCAGGCGAGAUGAUCUAUGUGCCCUGCGGAUGGUGGCAUUGUGUGCUGAACCUGGAGGAAUCGAUCGCCAUCACUCACAACUUUAUCGACUCGCACAACAUACUCAAGGUGAUCGACUUCAUGGCCACCAAGAAGAAGAAGGAUCUAUUCGAUCAGUAUCAGGCCAGCUUCGAGCAGGUCUAUCCAGGACGUCUGGCACAACUUCGCGAGCAGCGUGAUAAACAACGCGAGCUCGAAGCCGCCCAAGAACAACAACAACAAUCAAAAAAGAAGAAACAGUCAGUCUGGGACAAGCUGAUAGAGGGUGCCAAUCAAUCGACAUCAGGCAAUGGCACUGGCGGUGGCGCCAGCACAUUGACAUCGUUCUCGUUUAAUUUCCAUCCAAGU